AUGAGGGAUUUCAGGUCGGACCGGUAUAGCAGCAACCGCCCGAGGAUGGACUUUGUAAGGCAACCCGGAACAACCAAUGCACAGACUGUCAAUGUCAUAUUCCGAGAACCAGUACAUCGGGUUUUGGAGAAAAUCAAGAACGAGCCAUACUUUAGGUGGUCGAAUAAGAUGGCAGGAGAACCCUCGAAACGCGAUCAGAACCUUUAUUGCCAAUACCACCAAGGCCAUGGCCACACUACAGAGAACUGCAAGAACUUCUGGAACCACCUGGACCAGCUAGUCCGGGAAGGAAAACUGAAGCACCUUUUACAUCAUUCCAGUGGUCAUCAAGGCCAUCAAGAGGCCAAAAGGGAUGCUGCCCUGAGGCCACCCGCAGGAACGAUCAACGUAAUCAUGGAUGCGCCAGGGAGAACAGGCACACGCCCUGCACGAGUGUUAUCGGUGGCUCAACUGCCUGCCGAGGAGUCCCAACCAAGGCCGAAGAGGGCUAGAAUAAGCUUUCGUCCCGUUUUGAGUUUUUCAGAGGAAGACAAGAUCGGGACCAUCUAG